AACGAUUCCAGAGGGAUACGAACCCACAAUCCCUGCUUUACCAAACCAAUGCUCAAACCACUGAUCCACAGGACAACCAUAAUAAUACCUAAUAGAUAAUAAAACCAGGAUGGAAGAGAAGUUCAGAAAUGGAAGGAUGGAGGGCAGGAAGGAAGGAUGGAUGGAAGAGAAGAUAAGGCAGGAAAAAGAGGGAGAGAAGAUAGUGAGGAAGGAUGGAGGAGGUUCAGAAAGGGAAGGAUGAACUGAAGGAAAGAUGGAAGAAAUGAAGCAUGGAAGAGAAGAGAAGGCAGGAAAAAGAGGGAGAGAAGAAAGUGAGGAAGGAUGGCGUUAGAAGGAAUAAAACCAGGAUGGAAGAGAAGUUCAGAAAUGGAAGGAUGGAAGAGAAGAUAAGGCAGGAAAAAGAGGGAAAGGAUGAUGGGAAAAAGUGCAAAAUUAAGAAAAGAGAGGGCGAAUCCUGCAAAGGAAGAAAAGACAAAAGGGCAGGAAGAAAGGAUGAAUGCCAGGAAUGGUGCUCAGAAAGGGAAGGAAGGAAAGAUGGAAGAGGAGAUAAGGCAUGAAAAGAAGGAAAGGAACCCUGGUGUUAAAUGAAAGUAUAACAAAGGUAGAAUAGAAAGUUGGAAAAAAGAGUAUGAGUAAUGGAGGAAUGAAAAGGGGUCCGUGAAGGGAGAAGGAUGAAAAGGGAGAGAAGAUAGUGUGGAAAGAAGGAUGAAAGGAAAGAAAAGGAUGGAAAGAAUCAAGUGUGAAAGGAAUGAAAAAGAGGAGGCUGACUAAUUGGAAGGGGUGUGAGCAUGGAAGCUAGGUAGAAGGAUGGAGAUGGAAGGAAUAAAAACAGGAUGGAAGAGAAGAUAACGCAUAAGAAAGAAGAUAAGGAUGAUGGGGGAAAAGUGUGAAAUGAAGAAAAGAUGGCGAAUACAGCAAUUGAAGAAAAGACAAAAGCGUGCAAGGCAGGAAGAAAGGAUGAAUGAACUCUAUAGUUAAUAAUUAAAUGGCGUUUUACGACAAUAUUCAUAUCAAUGAACAGUCGGCCUUUGGGGAGCAGCGUUUAAGUUAAACUGCAUUUCCCAUGAUGCACUUCUCAAAAUGACGCCAGACAAUCACUUCCUGGUUUGAGACUUGUAAACAUGGCGGUGCCCGGCAAAAUGUGAAGUUACGGCAUAAAACGUUCACCGCAAGCUUUAAUCGACAAACAACGACUUAUCUGGAGUUUGGGCCCUGAGAACGACAAAUUGUCCUCUCCCCGACAUGAUUAAGUGACCGACGUCAGCGGCCUUGGGUCCCGAGGGUGUCGUGUCGAGGUCACCGCGCCUUAAUCAGCUCUUUGUGCACGUCACCGCGCCCUCGGCUCAGGAGAGCGGAUUAAGGCGCCGCCUUGGGAGGAAACCCAGGAGGGAGCCUUCGCGGGUUCUAAUCUGCAAGGUGAGGAGCCACCGGCCGCUCGGAUUCGUUUUUCCGCUUUCUGGCCGGGAUGGACCUGGGCCGGGCCAAGCUGCUGCGGAGCGGCGUCAACACGCUGCACCAGGCCAUCCACCCGCUGCACGGCGUGGCGUGGACCGACGGCAAGCAGGUGUGCCUGACCGCGUUCUACUUCCAGCGCGGCGAGGCCAAGUUCGGCGACACGAACGUCAUCGGGCAGUUCGAGCACGUCCUGGGGCUCUUCUGGGGGCCGCUGUGCUGCCCCGACUCGCCCGCCCUGCUGGCCGUGCAGCACAAGAAGCACGUCAGCGUGUGGCAACUGCAGCUCAGCGCGUUGGAACACAACAAGCUGCUGUGCACGCAGACGUGCGAGAUGAGCGAACCCUUCCCGUUGCUCGCCCAGGGCUGCGUCUGGCACCCGAAAAUGGACAUUCUGGCCCUCCUCACCAAGCGGGACGCGUCGGUGCUGUUCUCGGUGCGGGUGGACAACAGGAGGACCAAGGCGGAAAUUAAAGGCAGCGGGCUGAUUCACUGCGCGUGCUGGACUAAAGAUGGCACCCGGCUGGUGGUGGCGAUCGGUGCCGCCUUGCACUCCUACAUUUGGAACGACAUCCACAAGAGCCUGCUGGCCUGCUCCUUCUGCCCCAUCUUCGACGUGGGGGGCUACGUCUGUGCCAUCGAGGCAACGGGGGACUCGCAGGUUGCCGUGGCAACGGAGCUGCCCCUGGAGAAGCUGUGCGGCUUGAACGCCGGGAUGGCCUUCGAGGUGGAAACUCCACGGGACCAGACGCCGGAAAGCGACCUCUCUCAGGACUCCAGGCGGCUCUCGUUCGACCUCGCCGAAAGGUCUCGCACGGCCACCCCGGGCCCGCUGGACCUCACCCACCUCCUGGCGAGACACCGGCGUUCAGAUCCCAGCCCGCUCAUCCACCUGCAACGCAAGGACACGGUGACGGGCUCCGGGCAGGACUCGUCGCAUCUGGUGUUGAUCACGUACGAGCGCAAGGUGGUCACCACCCGCAAAGUCAGCAUCCCGGGGAUCCUGGUGCCGGACUUGCUGGCGUUCGACCCGCGCGCCUCCACCGUGGCCGUGGCCUCCAACGCCUGCAACACGGUGCUGGUGUACCGCAUCACGGCGUCGGCCAUGGCCAACAUCCAGCAGAUCUCGCUGCAGACCGCCGACAGACCCAAGGGGGUGUGUUUCCUCAGCGAGAAGGUGCUGCUGAUGAUGGUGGGCCGGCAGAAGUCCGCGGACCCCGCCUUCCUCCCGUCCUCAAACACGGAGAAGUACACCGUGCGCCUGGUAGCCAAAGAGUUUGACGGGGAGGGUGCCCCCUCCCCUCUCAACGCAGAGCCUGCUUCUAAUUUGUCACGGAUUAGGAGGCACUCAGAGCACAUGCCCAAGGAGGACAGGGAGCAGCUGGGGAUAAAGGACUUGGUUCUCCCCGGGGCGGGAGCAGUCCCCCACUCACCCGGCAGCAGACGCAGGCUGGUGGAGGAGCUGAGGAGCCCCGAGCCCAGCCCCGCGGCCAGCUCCGCGGUCUUCUCCUAUUCGGAACGAACCCCCGGCGUCGCCGCGGAGAUCUCGGACAUCGGCCGCAUGGCUGGCCUGGCGGUGGCCGGACCGGCCAGCAGGGACUCCAGCCGGGCGGGAUCGCCUCGACCGGAGGCGGUCCCGGAGCCGCCGCUGGCCCCGCCGGGCGGCUCCUCCAGGGAGCGCGCCCUGGAGCAUCUGAUCUUCAACAUGGAGCGGCUGUUUGUUCGCUUCGCCGACGUGCAGCAGUGCCUGGGCGAAAUCCGAGAAUACACCCAGAACGGCAAGAAGAUACCGAGUUCCUACCCGGCCGCCGCUGAGCCACCUUACCUCAACGUCACAUGCCAGAAGCAGCUGUCCGAGAACGUGUUCAUCGACGAGCGCCGCCCGGUGCUGCUGUGCGACGGCAAGCUGUGUCUGCGCGCCCUGCAGGAGCUUUUCAACCUCGCCGUCGUGGAGAUGCUGCACGGGCCACUGUGGAUCGUCCUGGUGGCCGACGCCGACGGUUUCGUGCCCCUGACGUUCAAGCCCAAAGACGAGCUCACGGUACGCAACGGCAAGCGCAAAUCCACGCUGCGCGCCCCCGGGAGCCCCGAGACCUCCUGCCCGUCAAGUCCGGCCCCCAGCCACAACCCGAACAACACCAUAACGGAGGCCUCCACGUAGUUUUAUGGACUUAGACCGCCACUUGGUCAAUAAAGCAGUUUUGACAACUUUUUGUUUCACCUGUUGUUUACGGGAUGGAAUGGAAUCACCAGAUGAUGUGCAAUUUAUGAGCAAAAUAGAGUAUUCCCAUUUCUUCUUUUGUUUUUGCAAUUUUCUUGAAACCCUGUCGUGAAAAAUCUCCAAUUGGGUUAUACUGUCCUGCAAUAACCCGUAGCCGCCACGAGAUGGCAGGAUUUUGCCUAAAUCGCAACUUAGUUCAGCACUAAAGCAAUUUUCAUGCUUC